UUAAUCCAAACCUGAACUAUAGAGGGGCCAAAAUGAAAUUAACCCAAAAAGGGACUAAGUACGAAACAGAACGAGUAAUACGUCGUCGUUUUGUUCUCUUCUCAACAUUCCUGAAUCCGAAGCCGUCAAAACGCCAUUCCCACUCUUUGCACAGAGAUCACUUCACCAAUCCGCCAUAGCCAUGGGUUUCGGAGCCCUAAGAUCCCUUAUCCGACCCGUAUCCAGAAUCCUUUCACCCGCCUCCCAUUUUUCUCCAUCAGCAAGAACAUUCUCCACCACCUCUCCGCCGCAGCUCCGCCACCUCUUCGCCCCCCUCCGCCGCGACAUUCCUUGGAUUCCUCCUCGCAGCGCCUUCCACAGUCUCACAGACACCAGGUACCCGAAACGUAGGCCCGUCGACAAGCCGCGCCGCAAGAGAGCAAGCUUGAAACCUCCAGGUCCGUAUGCGUGGGUGAAAUGUGUUCCUGGGGAAACUAUACUUCCCAAUCAACCGAACCAGGGAAGUGUCAAGAGAAGGAACGAGAAGAAGAGAAUCAAACAGCAGCGUGCAUUCAUAAAGUCGGAAAGAAAGAUACGCAGAGCUCAGGUGCAGGAGGCCAAGAAGAAGAAGCUCACCCUAAGGGUGGAGCGUAAGAUGGCUGCCGUUGCAAGAGAGAGAGCUUGGGCAGAAAGAUUAGUCGAGCUUAAACAGAUCGAAGAGGAGAAGAAGCAGCAAGCAGCUAUGAGUUGAUUAAUCACUUUCUGUAUCUCUAGAUUUGGCUUCCUUUCAAGUUAGAUAUUGAGGCUGCUGCUUUUCAUUGCAUAUUGAAAGCACCAUUCUCUUUUGGGAGAUGAAAAUUUAAAUUUUCAACUGUUUUAGCUUCUUUUUAGAAAAUUUCCCUUUCCCAUACUAUAUAUUUUGAGUACUACCAUUUAUAAUUUGUAUGCAAAUGGAAUUCAAUUUGUUUUAGGUGCAGCCUGUUUCAAUAAAGAAACGGUGAAAUUCCUCUA